CGUAUGACUAAAGUCCGCUAGGAGCACAGUUAGGUCUGCACAGUCCAAGUUCGGAGGUUGAGAUCACAUUUCGGGUUGUGUUUGUCGUGCUGCAACGUCUAUCAUGCUCCGUACCGUGCUGUCCCGGGCCAUUACCAAACUAAACCGACCGCUGGUGUGUCACUACUCUGCGGCCGCCAUCCCUGCACCCAGCACCCAGCCCGAGGUCCACUACAACAAGCUGUUUAUCAACAACCAGUGGCAGGAUGCAGUGAGUGGGAAAACCUUCCCUACCAUCAACCCUGCAACCAGUGAAGUCAUCUGUCAAGUUGCAGAAGCUGAUGUGGCAGAUGUAGACAAGGCGGUGAAAGCAGCAUGUGAUGCCUUUAGGUUGGGGUCACCGUGGCGACGGAUGGACGCCUCUCACCGUGGCCUGCUUCUUAACCGAUUGGCUGAUGCCAUAGAGAGGGAUGCUGCCUACCUUGCUGAGCUGGAGACCCUUGACAACGGGAAGCCAUAUGCUGUUUCCUACACCGUGGAUCUGCCUAAUGUGGUGAAAUGUCUCAGGUACUAUGCAGGCUGGGCUGACAAAUGGGAGGGAAAGACCAUCCCUAUUGAUGGAGAUUAUUUCUGCUACACCAGACAUGAACCCAUCGGAGUCUGUGGACAGAUCAUACCGUGGAACUUCCCUCUGUUGAUGCAGGCCUGGAAGCUCGGCCCUGCCCUUGCAACUGGUAACACUGUGGUGAUGAAAGUUGCAGAGCAGACACCACUUACAGCUCUCUAUGUAGCCAGUCUGAUUAAAGAGGUGGGUUUUCCUGAAGGUGUUGUGAAUAUCUUGCCUGGCUUCGGACCAUCAGCUGGCUCUGCCAUUGCAAAGCACAUGGAUAUUGACAAGGUGGCCUUCACUGGGUCCACAGAGGUGGGUCAUCUAAUCCAGCAGGCUUCAGGCAGCAGUAACCUGAAAAAAGUCACUCUGGAGCUGGGAGGAAAGAGUCCUAAUAUCAUCCUAUCUGACGCCAACAUGGAAGAUGCAGUGGAGCAGUCCCACUUUGCUCUUUUUUUCAACCAAGGCCAGUGUUGCUGUGCUGGCUCUAGAACUUACGUCCAGGCAGACAUCUAUGAUGAGUUUGUGGAGAGGAGUGUUGAGCGAGCUAAGAAACGAGUGGUGGGAAAUCCUUUUGACUUAAAGACCGAGCAGGGUCCUCAGGUAGAUCAGGAGCAGUUUAACAAGAUUCUUGGCUACAUCAGCAGUGGGAAGAGAGAGGGAGCCAAGCUGAUGUGUGGAGGAGGAGUGGCUGCUGACAGAGGAUACUUCAUCCAGCCUACUGUGUUUGGAGAUGUCCAGGACAACAUGACCAUUGCCAGGGAGGAGAUCUUUGGUCCAGUGAUGCAGAUCCUGAAGUUUAAAACACUGGAGGAGGUGGUGAACAGAGCCAAUGAUACCAAAUAUGGUCUAGCAGCCGCUGUGUUUACUAAGGACAUCGAUAAGGCCAGCUAUAUCUCCAACGGGCUCCGUGCUGGCACAGUCUGGUAGGGGUGUUGUUACUGAAA